AUGCAUAGAUUCGAAACAAGCAAUCAAACUGGUUGGCCAUCGCAGUCCAUGGGCGAAAUUCGCACCGGUACAGGACGUGCACGACAAACGUCAGCAGCAAAACAAGUCUAUGUUACUCAUGCAUAUCCACCGCACAUACGAGGCACACCAGAAUACAAUCCAUUAUACGAUGCAUUUGAAUCGCAUCAGAUUGCUGCACGAAUAGAUCCAUACGUAAAUGAAUUUCGACCAAUAGCACCGCCAAAAGCAAAUAUUGCACGAAAUAUUCAUCAUGACAUUUCAAGUACAUACGAUAAACCGCGUUCGUAUCGUCACAAUGAUGAACAAAACCAAACUACAAAUCAACAACGUCAACGUACGCCUCGUUCGCAAGAACAAUUUGAAUCAACACCAACUAGUGAAGUUGAUCUUCUGAUGGAUCGAGUCGGCGGUGACACAAAUGAAAAAAAUGAUUUAGAAACAUGUAAACGUCAAAAAAAGAACAAACUUCGCCGAGUUCUAUAUAAUUUUGUGGAUUUUCUUGCAAUUUUCGCAACAUGCCUUAUUUUUGGCCUUAUAUAUUUGUUGAUUAAGCCGGUGCAACGAGGCUUCUUUUGCGAUGAUACAUCCAUACAAUAUCCAUUUCGAAAUGACACGAUUCCAAUGUGGCUCUUGGGAAUCUACGGAGGUGUUGGUCCUAUUUUGAUUUUUUUUUGUGUUGAACUAUGGGUGGUUCGACCCGGAUGUGGUGGUGUCAAUGCAAAGCAACGACGAAACGAUUUUUUUAAAACAAUUUUUCAUACAAUAUUUCUAUUUGUUCUUGGUAUUGCUGUUUGUUUUCUUAUCACCGAAGUUGGCAAACGUACAAUCGGUAGAUUGAGACCAUAUUAUUUAACUAUUUGUGAUCCUAUUUGGGCGAAUCUCAAUUGUACUAAAACUGUAAACACAGCGAGUGGCGUUUUUGCUAUUCCGCAAUAUAUAACCAAUCAUAGAUGUAAUCCAGCUGCAUCGGAACAUGAUCUUCAAGAAGCCAAACUAUCGUUUCCGUCGGGUCAUUCAAGUUAUUCAACUUACGCAUUUAUAUUUUUAUUUGUUUAUUUUGAAGCACGACUUGUUUGUCCUAAAAUUAAAUUUUUAAAACCAUUUUUUCAAUGUCUAUGUGUUGCUAUUGCAUUUUUCACAUGCCUUUCACGUGUUACUGAUUAUAAGCAUCAUCCAACCGAUGUUAUCGGAGGAGCAUUGAUCGGUUUUUGUAUCGCUGUAUUCACUGCCGUACGCGUUGGAACAUAUUUAUGGAGUUUCAGUGUUUAUUGUGAAACAGAGGACGAAACUGCAAAAGAUCGUUUGCCUAAAGAAGAACGUAUUAAUCUACCUUGUUUAGAAUCACAGGCAUCAGGUGGUGCACGUUCAAAUGAACCCGUUCGAUCAGUUACACAAGGAUCACAACAACAACGAGUUGCGUCCAGUAUUGCGAAGUCGAACAUUGGACAACGCGUCUCACCGGGCAGAGGAUAUGAAGAAGCAAACGUCUAA